CUGAGAGGCGGGGUCCUGCUGCUGUGCUGUCUUUGUGUUGACAUCUUCGGGGAUCCAGAGUGUUUGAAUGGAUAUUACCAGGUGCACGGAGAAAUGGGUGAAACAAGAAAAGGAGAGGACUCCAACCUCCAUAAUGCAGUCUAACAAGAAGUCAGAUGCUGGCUCCUCUUCCUCCUCCUCUUCAUCCUCUGCUGGUGCAGCAGCAGGGGGUGAAAGGGCUCCAGUGUCGGAUGCCCAGACUGGUACCUCAACCUCAGCUGCAGGAGCUAUGGAUGUAAAAAAGAAGGAGAGAUCAUCCCCUAGUGGGGAAUCUGGAGGAGCCCCCUUGCCCCACCAGGCAGGCCCUGGGGGGGCAGAUCCGGACUCGGCUGAAGUCCGCAGGACAAGUCGACGAAAGCGAGCGAAAGUGGAAUACCGCGAGAUGGACGAAAGUCUCGCCAAUCUGUCGGAAGACGAAUAUUACUCUGAGGAGGAGAGAAACGCCAAGGCAGAGAAGGAGAGGAAGCAAGUGAUCCCUCCUCCUCCUCCACCGGUAGAGGAAGAGAAUGAGAGUGAACCAGAGGAACCCUCUGGUGUAGAAGGAGCUGCUUUCCAGAGUCGCCAUCCCCACGACCGCAUGACAUCCCAGGAGGCCGCCUGCUUCCCGGACAUCAUCAGUGGUCCCCAGCAGACUCAGAAGGUCUUCCUCUACAUCCGCAACCGCACACUCCAACUGUGGCUGGACAACCCUAAGAUCCAGCUGACCUUUGAGGCCACAGCACAGCAGCUUGAAGCUCCAUACAACAGCGAUGCCGUGCUGGUUCACAGGAUACACAGUUACUUGGAAAGGCACGGUCUCGUCAACUUUGGCAUUUACAAGAGGGUCAAGCCUUUACCAACUAAGAAGACCGGGAAGGUUAUAGUAAUUGGCGGUGGUGUGUCCGGCCUCGCUGCAGCCAGGCAGCUGCAGAGCUUUGGGAUGGAUGUAACAGUAUUGGAGGCCAGGGACCGUGUUGGAGGCAGAGUGGCCACGUUUAGGAAGGGAAACUAUGUGGCUGAUCUGGGAGCAAUGGUGGUGACGGGCCUGGGAGGGAACCCCAUGGCAGUGAUCAGCAAGCAGGUUAACAUGGAGCUGGCCAAGAUCAAGCAGAAGUGUCCACUCUAUGAAGCCAAUGGCCAGGCUGGGGAACGGUGCACAAGUGUGCCAAAAGAAAAAGACGAAAUGGUCGAGCAAGAGUUCAACCGCCUGCUGGAGGCCACCUCCUACCUCAGCCACCAGCUGGACUUCAACUUCCUCAACAACAAACCUGUUUCUCUGGGACAGGCCCUGGAAGUGGUCAUACAGCUGCAGGAGAAACACGUAAAAGACGAGCAAAUCGAACACUGGAAGAAGAUUGUGAAGACUCAGGAAGAUCUCAGGGAUCUUCUAAACAAGAUGGUGUCGGCUAAGGAACGGGUGAAGGAGCUCCAUCAGCAGUAUAAAGAAGCCAGUGAAGUCAAACCACCCAGAGACAUCACGGCGGAGUUCCUAGUGAAGAGCAAACACCGGGACCUCACCUCCCUCUGCAAAGAGUACGAUGAGUUGGUGGAGUCGCAGGCGAAGAUGGAGGAGAAGCUGCAGGAGCUGGAGGCCAAUCCACCGAGUGAUGUUUACCUGUCGUCCAGGGAUCGGCAGAUCCUCGACUGGCACUUUGCCAACCUGGAGUUUGCCAACGCUACACCCCUCUCCACCCUCUCUCUCAAGCACUGGGAUCAGGACGAUGACUUUGAGUUCACCGGCAGCCACCUGACGGUGAGGAACGGCUACUCGUGUGUCCCCGUGGCGCUGGCCGAAGGCCUGGACAUCAAACUGAACACAGCAGUGCGGCAGGUCCGGUACACAGCAUCUGGCUGCGAGGUGAUAGCAGUCAACACCCGCUCCACGACCCAGACCUUCAUCUACAAGUGCGACGCUGUCCUGUGCACCCUGCCCCUCGGGGUGUUGAAGCAGCAGCCCCCAGCCGUGCAGUUUGUCCCCCCGCUGCCCGAGUGGAAAACAUCUGCCAUUCAGAGGAUGGGCUUCGGCAACCUCAACAAGGUGGUGUUGUGUUUUGACCGCGUGUUCUGGGACCCGAGCGUCAACCUGUUCGGUCACGUCGGCUCCACCACAGCAAGUCGGGGCGAACUCUUCCUCUUCUGGAACCUGUACAAAGCCCCGAUCCUACUCGCUCUGAUGGCUGGCGAGGCCGCCGGCAUCAUGGAGAACAUCAGUGAUGAUGUCAUCGUCGGCCGCUGCCUGGCCAUUCUCAAGGGAAUCUUUGGAAGCAGCGCCGUGCCACAGCCGAAGGAGACUGUGGUCACCCGUUGGCGUGCCGACCCCUGGGCCCGAGGCUCCUACUCGUACGUGGCGGCAGGUUCCUCGGGGAACGACUACGACCUGAUGGCACAGCCCAUCACGCCGGGGCCGGCCAUACCCGGAGCCUCACAGCCCGUCCCCCGCCUGUUCUUCGCCGGCGAGCACACCAUCAGGAAUUACCCGGCCACGGUUCACGGCGCCCUGCUCAGCGGGCUGCGGGAGGCCGGACGCAUCGCAGACCAGUUCCUCGGUGCCAUGUACACGCUCCCCCGACAGGCCACUCCGGCCAUCGCCAGCAACCCUCCGCAGGCUCAGCCCACCCCCAGCGUCUGAAAUGGAUCCUGCCGCCUCGGGACUGUUUGUUAAAAAAAAAGAAAAAAAAGAUUAAGGUUUACCCAUAAACUGUCGGAUGUGAAAGAUCAUGAAAGUCGAGGAAACAACUUUGCCCUCUUUGCCUUCUGACUGAAAUAACAACACUCCUCACAGUAAAUUUUCAGCUUGUAUGUAUAACGCGGAAAUGAGAUUCUUUCACUGGACCAUUUCAAUUCCUCAGACUGGUGAUAUACGUUCAGUUGACCUACAUGUAACUAACAGAGACAGAUGUGUCCCACUACAAAGACUGGGCUGUGAAUAAAUCUCAGUUUUUAUUACACUCUGAUGUAAUAAUCCAUCUGAAACUCAGUCGUACAAGUGAAGCAUGGCAUUACUUUCGGUCCUCAUAGAGUAUUUGUGAUCCCACGUUGGAGUGAGUAUUUAUGUACUUUAACGUUCCCUGUCCGAACGUUAAAGAAUGUCUGGAAAGUAUUUUACUACAACUUAAACCCAGAUAUUGUACAAGUUAUAAAUGACCAGUUCAGUGGCACUGGGUCCAUCCUCUGAAAACCUAAGCAAAACACAUUAUUUCCAGGGGCCUUGUCUUGGUGGUCUUUUGCCAUGAACCCUAGCUCGUACAUUUGAUUUCUGUCAAUUAGGUUGCAGAGUAGAGAAGAAAUAGUUUGUAUUGAAAGCUAAAAUAUGAAUUAUGUUUAAAAGACUAUUUGUGAAUGUUACUUUUGUUUUUCUUUUUUUGCCGUAGAAUUUAUUAUGGUUGUCAUCAAACUUUUUAUAUUGUCAACUGUUUUUGUUAUUAAAAGAAGAGAGAAAUUUC